AUGAGCGAUCCACGCUUGUCGGCCUUUAUGGCCGUUCCGCAAUAUCCCAAUGCCUCGAGCGACGCUGCCCCUGUCGCGGUGACGGAGAUCGUCAACGCUGUGAUGGAGCCGCCGGAAUUCGCCCACUACGGUCACGGUCAUCUAGCCGACCAAGCGACUCCCCGCCUCACCUCGUCCUCUCCCCCGGGAGAGUGGUAUGUCUCCGACUCGGAGAUGACCGAUGCGCUUUCGGACGUUGGUGGCGUACCGCUGGGGCCAUACAUGGGCGAUUAUGACGAUACCCCCGGCGCAGAGUAUGCGCAUGAUAUAGCCUCGACGAUCUCCGAUAUCACCGAUGACGAUGAAACGACCGACCUGAUCAUGGAUUACGAACCUUCGAUCGCGGCGGAACGACUUCCCGCCCUGUCUGGGCUGGAUGAUGACCCCGAUGACACCUACAAAUUCUACAUGGACGACGGCGAUGAGGAAUCCGAUUUCGAGGAUGCUGAGGCGCGGGUCCGUCGCAGCACGGCCGCUUUAUCGGAAGUGGACUUUGAUGGAUUCUAUCAAGGAUUGGACGCCGGCUACGCGCCGCAAUUUUCAGAUAUUGUUCCCGGCGCUGCUCACGACGACUCCAAUGCUUCAUUCUCUGAGGGUGAUGACUCGAGCGGUGUCGAAGCGCCGAAUGAGCAGCAUGUCGCGGACCCGCUCACCGGGAUGGUGAAAGAACGGAACUUGACCAUCGACCAAUUCAUCGGACAAUGGCUCUGUCAGUCUUACACCGCUUCCAUCACUGGAUUUACAAUGGGCCCCGUCCCUCUGUCCCGCAGUGCGGUCGCUAGUCUGCUUUCGUGGAUGCCGCCGGCCAAAAUUGUCCGGCCGGCUGGGUAUCGAUGGGACUUCUUUGAUAUCCAGCAGAUCCCCUGGAAGGAAGCACUGCAGGUGAAACGAUCCUAUGCGCGGAACUUGCGAGAUCAGUCAUAUACGUCCUAUCAUAACCUGGAGUAUUCGCGCCAACGGCCGGGCGCGCGACUGGCACGGGACGAAACCUAUUUUCGCGAAAAGGCCAUGUACACGGAACACAAAGCCAGCAUCGAACACUUCCAGCUGCGGAACCUGAUGUCCGCGGCGGCGUAUAAUACGGUGCACUUUGCGCACGAAUGCAAGGUCUACUCCUGGGUUCCCGCGUACGAUGAUCUGCGGUGCAUGAUCGAUCUAUCGAAACCGACCGUGGAGUCCGGCCUACAGGGGUCGAUGAAGAUUUCAACGAUGCGGUCGGCGCAUGACAUUACUAUUGCGGGCGGUUUCGCCGGGGAAUACGCGUUACGAGCCAUGGGCACGGAUGGGCCCGGGAUGGCGGGGUAUGUUACCCAAGAUCCGAGCGGGAUCACGAAUCACGUCGACAUCGUUCCGAGUCGCAGCAGCGGGUCGCCGCUGGGGGUGUUUGCGUCCAACGACCGGCAUCUCCGGGUUCUGGACUGCGAGACCAACACGUUUGUCGCGGACUACGAGCUCUCGCGCGCCAUCAACUGCACGGCGACGGCGCCGGACGGGCGUCUGCGGGCGGUGAUCGGCGACUCGCCGGAUGCGUGGGUGGUGGAGGCGGACAGUGGGCGCCCGGUGCAUCCACUGCGGGGCCACCGCGACUUUGGGUUUGCGUGCGCGUGGUCGCCGGACAUGCGGCAUAUCGCGACGAGCAACCAGGACAAGACGGCGAUCAUCUGGGACGUGCGGAUGUGGCGCAUGCUGCAGAAGAUCGAGUCCGACGUGGCGGGAUACCGGUCGGUGCGAUUCUCGCCGGUUGGGGGCGGGUCGCGGACGUUGCUGCUGUGUGAGCCGGCGGACCGGAUCACGAUUGUCAACGCGCAGACGUACCAGAGCCGGCAGGUGCACGACUUCUUCGGGGAGAUUGGCGGGGCGGACUAUUCGCCGGACGGCAGUACGAUCUGGGUGGCCAACACGGACGAGCAUUUCGGGGGGUUCAUGCAGUACGAACGACGCCAAUGGGGGCAACGGUAUGGGCCGCAGGGGCUGCCGAAUGAAUGGGUGCGGGACGGGGAGCUGGACGAGGACGAGCGCUGUGUUCUGAGUGAGCGCGAGCGGCAGCAGCGGGUGCUGUGGAAUCUGACGGACGAGGAGCAUGAGGCGUUGAUCUUGUGA